CCCACGCCAGAUAACGCGUCCAAGACGCGUUUUAAUUGAUCCUCAAACUACAUAUUGCUGACGGACAGCCAAACCCACCACCGAGCAACCACGCGCUUCCUCGACGUACCGGUCCCUUUCUGGUCGCUGCUCACCAGAUCCGUUCUUCAAAUUGCAGGGGGGAAAUAACAAAAGAACCAGCCAUGAACCUCAGUCCGACCAAGCGGCGCAAGCACAAGGACAUCGCCGGUGCCAUGUUCACUGGCCGUGGCGUAGCCCCUCUGUCCUCCGCCGCGCCUUCGUCGUCGCCGGCCUUUGGGACCCCCGUGCACCCCGUCAGGCCCUUCAGCAUCUCGACAACCAAGCAUGCGCCCAUACUGCCCAUUCUUCUCCCAGCUGCGACUUUGCGGCCCCUCGCCUUCCGAACCUUUACCAAGAAACACUCCCUCACCCUGACGUCUUCCGCACUGCAGGAACUCGCAAGCUUUAUUGGACGGCACUGCGGCUCAGGGUGGCGAGAAGAGGGACUGGCCGAGAAGGUUCUAGAGGAGGCCGCGCGAUCGUGGAAGAACAGGAAUGGUGGGGUCAUUGUUGACGGCGCCAACCCGGAAUUGAAGGACAUAUUAAAGGCAUUGGAGGGCAACAUGAGCGGCGGAACUGUCGUCACUGGUGCUAAGGGCCUCAGCCGACAGAACAGCCUGCUUCUGGAUGCCCAACAGGAGGAUGGCGAUGUGUCCAACGCGCGCCUGGGCCUCAGACCAGUGGCCGCCCUGGCGCGAGAAGACAGCUCGACAAGUUUCGGCAUGUCAUCUUUGGAGGUCGAUCAAGACCAUGAUGAGGAUGCCAAGGACCCGAGACAAUGGCUGAGAGUCAUCAAUGCGCUUGAACAGCCAAGAUACAUAUACAACGUCGACAAGAAGCACUUCGAAAGGGAAACAAAGAAGCCUUCCCUCAUGCCACCGGCCUCCCACAAGACCAUGGUAUUCCGCAACCGCUUCAACGUCAUCCACCAACGUCUUCUUCGCAAUGAGUCAUUCCAAUCAUCCGCUGUCUCCACUGCCCGCGCCAAUUCUGCGAGGAGAUCUGACUCUGCAGCGUCAGCAUUCCACAAAAUCACACCCAUAGCAAACCUUCUUGGCCGUCACGGUAGCCAACACAUGCUCCUAGGAAUGCUGACCGUCCUGCCAACCGGAAACCUGGCUGUCAGCGACCUCACCGGCUCAAUCAAGCUAGAUCUCAGGCAGGCAGUCGCCAUCCCCGAGGACUCGUCUUGGUUUACACCGGGUAUGAUUGUCCUGAUCGACGGUGUCUACGAGGAAGACGAAGAUGCUUCUGCCGGCAGCAAAGUCGGCCUGAGCGGAAGUUCUGGCGUUGGAGGCGUCAUAGGUGGACGUUUCCAAGGCUUCUUGAUAGGUCAACCACCAUGCGAGAAGCGACGUGUGACCCUGGGAGUCAGUGGGCCCGAUAGCGACACCAUUGGCGGAGGUUUUGGAUGGAUCGAUUUCUUGGGAGUGGGGAGCGAGCGGGCCACUGGCUCUCGCAUGAGGAGAGUGCAGCAGAGGCUCCUCCGGAGGCCCCUAUCUGAAGAUGACCCGGGCAGCGGCAGGGGACGAAUUGUGGUCUUGGGAGAGAUGAAUCUGGAUCAGCCGCGCACGUUGCAAGCUGUCAAGAAGCUCCUGUCAGGGUACGCGAACGAGCCUGAAGGAGAAACGCCGCUGUGCUUCGUGUUCACGGGGAGCUUCGCAAAGCAUGCGGUGAUGGCGAGAGGUGGGAGUGGAGGUAGCGUGGAGUACAAGGAGUAUUUCGACUCUUUGGCUGCUGUGCUCGCAGAGUUUCCUAUGCUCCUUACGUCCGCGACUUUUGUGUUCGUGCCAGGAGACAACGACGGUUGGGCUUCAGCGUUUUCAGCAGGUGCAGCCACACCCUUGCCCCGAAAACCGGUACCAGACCUGUUUACGAGCAGGAUAAGGAGGACGUUUGCAACUGCGAAUAGUGAGGCUUCGAAGGCAGGGCAGGAGGGCAGUGGUGAGGCGAUUUUCACAUCCAAUCCGAGCCGACUGAGCUUAUUCGGGCCGUGCCACGAGAUGGUCUUGUUCAGAGAUGACAUCUCGGCCCGGCUGAGGAGGUCAGCCGUCCGUCUGAAGCGCCCUCGAGACGCAGAGAACGGUGACGAGCCACCGGACGGCGAGGACAUGGAUAUGUCAUGCGCCAACGGCGAGGCCGAGCCAGUCCCCGACGAGAUGGACGUGGACCCCUCCACGCCGCGCAAGAAAGCGAAGCACUCGGAGCCUGGUGUGCCCUAUGAUAUCCUCGCCGCCCGCAAACUGGUCAAGACGGUCCUGGACCAAGGCUACCUCGCCCCCUUUCGCCAGUCGGUCCGCCCUGUACACUGGGACUACGCGGGAUCCAUGCAUCUGUAUCCGCUGCCCACGGCUAUGAUGCUCGUGGACGCUACGGCGCCGUCGUUCUGUGUCACGUACGAAGGAUGCCACGUCAUGAACCCGGGGUCACUGCUCGUUACUGGGAGGCGAGGCAUGGCGAGAUGGGUGGAGUAUGAGGUUGGCAAGACCGGGAGGGUCAGAGAAGUCUUGUUCUAGAAAUGCUUGGUCGCGUGGACGAAAAAUAGAGAACGGGCUCGCACAGGACAGAGACCUAAUGCAUUUACGAUUAAUGACGCAUCUAGCA